AUGUACAUCAAAUUAUCAGAUAUUUCACUAGUUACAAAGUUUUCACCUGAAGUUAAAUCUAAGCGAAGGUUCGUCAAAGCAUCAGAUAUUUAUUCCUUUGGAUUACUUAUGUGGGAAAUUUCUUCAGGAGAACACUUGACAUCCGAAUACGAAAUAUCGAGAAAACCAAUUAGGCUUAUAUCAUGGGAUGAGUUAAAUAAUGUUUCAAAAAUUGACGAAGGGAAUUUUGGUAUAAUAAGAAAAGCUUAUUGGACAAAAAUAAGAGCUUGUGUUAUUUGCAAAGAAUUGACAAAUAUAAAGGAUAUAAAAUGCAAUCAAUACACAGCAUUUAUUCAUGAAUUAACAAUACAUAUUAGAAUAGGAGGUCUUUGCGAAAAUAUAGUUCGAUUUCUAGGAGUUAGUAAAGAUAAAAUAAAUAACCGAUAUUAUCUUAUAAUGGAAUAUGCGAAUGAUGGUGAUCUACGAAAAUUCCUUCAAACAAGAACUCGCUUAGGAUGGGAUCAAAUAUUUAAGUUGGCUUAUCAAAUCACAAAUGGACUAUGUUAUUUGCAUAGCGAAGACAUUAUUCAUCGAGACCUACAUGAUAGAAACAUUGUUGUUCAUAAUGGAAAUGCAAAAAUAACUGAUUUUGGAAAUGCCAAGAGUGUUAAUACGCAAACAAAUAUACAUAAUGAUCUUUUUGGAAUGAUUGCAUUUUUAGCACCCGAAUUACUUAAUCGACCCAUAAAUUAUAAUGAUGAUAUUCCCUACUCUAAGAAAACAGACAUAUAUAGUCUUGGAAUGUUAUUUUGGGAGUUAACUAGUGGUUGUCAACCAUUUAAAAAUUAUCCAUGUCACAUUCUUUUAUAUAAUGACAUAAUUCGAGGUUUUAGAGAAAAAAUCAUUCCCGAAACCCCUAAAGAAUAUAGUAAUCUUUAUAUAAAAUGUUGGAAUGCUAAACCAGAUGAACGUCCGUGUAUUGAAAAUGUGCAUGAAGAACUAGAAAGAUUAAUGAAAAAUUCUAUUGAAGUUUAUUACAAUGAUUCGGGAAUUAUAACAUCUUCAAAUUCGGGAAUUAUAACAUCUUCAAAUUCGGGAAUUAUAACAUUUUCAAAUUCAGAUAUUAUAAAUUUAACUAUUAAAGACACAUCUUCAAAUUCGGGAAUUAUAACAUUUUCAAAUUCAGAUAUUAUAAAUUUAGCUAUUAAAGACAAAUCAUAA